AUGAAUGCUGCAGUACUCCGCGUAAGGUAUGAAGCAGAAGUUGGGCAUGCUCAGACAGCGCACUCUGCAAAGAUGCAUCGUAUACGUUUACGCUGUCAAGGCUUGAAGAAAUAUACCGAAAAGCUCACCACACUACUCUCUCCCAUUCGCCGUAUUCCUAGCGAAAUUCUGUUGCGAAUCCUCGUCCAUUUCUGCGACCAGAAUGAUUUGACCAGCUACGAACCUGGUGAUGCUUCUGCCCUUACUAUCAGUGCCGUUUGCACUCGUUGGCGGCAGUUGGCUAUAUCUCAACCAGCUCUUUGGGCAAACCUCAAAGUAAAGUUCGAUGACCAAUGUGAAGACGACGAAGAAAAAACCCAAGCUCUAUUGGUGUCCCGUGUGGAAUUGCAUCUAGCUCGAUCCCAAAAUCAUCCUCUUACAUUGAGCCUCUUUCCGCUAAGCUCUAAAAACCAUCCUGCUCUCAUAUUGGUCGCUCGAGAAUCUCGACGGUGGAGGCGAUUGUCUUAUGGCGGCGACGAUUUUGGUUCAAAUUGGAACUCUUGUCUUCAAUCAUUGCCUUUACCUAUGCUGGAGGCGGUACGGUUUGAAGAAACAGAAUACUGUGACGGACAAAGUCCACCGAUAGAAGCAUUUUCCCAAGCUCCUAAUAUCAAAGAGCUCAAUCUUCGAUGUAUCUUCAUUGACCAGCAUGUCACUGCAACCUUCGACGGUGCCUGGGAGAUGCUCACAGACCUCAGCUACCAUUUUACAGAAGACCUCGAGGGCUUUUUAUCCAUCUUGGAUUGUUGCCCCAAGCUCCGUCGUCUCACUUUAGAAGGAGAAAAUUCAGAUCUAAUCCCGGUUCACCCCAUACGCUCACAUCCAAUAGCAUCUCUCAAGAUAUUGAACUUGGUAAAUCCACCCAACGACCACGAUUCUAUGCUUGAGUGCAUACUGACAUCGCUCCUGUUGCCUGAUUUGACUGAACUUGUGCUCUUGCACAUUGGCGACGUAGAAGAACCGUUUCUCAUGCCAUAUCGUAUCCUGGAGCAUUUCUUCCAACGUUCGCGCUGUCCUCUGUCGACUUUGACCUUGGGACAGAUCUGUAUGACAGACACAGAUAUGAUUGCACUAUUAGCCCACCUGCCAUGUUUACGGGAACUAACCUGUGAGGAUCCAGACGACGGCGACUCAUUUAUCACCAGAUCCUUCAUUCGAAGUCUACACACUUGGGAACGGGACAGUCUUCACCGUUCAAUUGAGCCUCUUGUUCCAAAGCUGCGUUCCCUGACGUUGAAGGCUCAUAGAAAGGAGUUCGAUGCGCCUACCUUUGUUGAAACUAUCACCUCUCGUUGGCUUCCGGAUGAAGCUAGUGCAACGCAACUCGGUGCUUCAUGCCUGAGAUCAGUCGAAUUGCAUCUCGAGGGAGUGGUUGAUGCAGAUGCUUAUGAGCCACUCAAGCGAUUCGACAGGGCCGGGAUGCGAGUUGUCGUCAAAUCGAAAGGUUUAAACGGCUUGGUGAACUUGGUCUGA